GCCUUCGGAAAAGGAAGUAGCGGUGCGCUAGGGCGCCGGGGGUGACCGCGACGAUAACGGUGACCGAGAGAGGAGAAGGCGACCACGGUUUGGCGGUUAGAGGCGGGGCCGGCUCCUCGGAGCGGUUCGGGACAGGAGUCAGAAUUAUUUGGAUUCAGCACGUUGGUUCCAGCCAUGGGUUUGUCUGCAUCUACCCCUGCUGUUGCCGUUCAGACCUCAAAUGCUUCAGAUCAUCAGACAGCAUCCCCACCUUCCGGAUGUCCCAUGCAUGAAGGGGAAAUGAAAGGCUGUCCAGUGAGCGCAGAGCCAUCUAAACCAGCUUGUGAGAACAAAACGGAUGCCGUGCCUGCCCACCAGGAUCGUGCGUACGAGUAUGUGGAAUGUCCUGUGACGGGCGCUGUGGCUAAGAAUAAGGAGAACCUAGAUCCUUCUAAUCUGAUGCCACCGCCCAAUCAGAUGCCAGCCCCCGAUCAGCCGUUUGCACUGUCUACUGUGAGAGAGGAGUCAUCCAUUCCGAGAGCAGAUUCGGAGAAAAACUGGGUGUAUCCUUCCGAACAGAUGUUCUGGAAUGCCAUGUUACGGAAAGGGUGGAAGUGGAAGGAUGAUGAUAUUAGUCAGAAAGAUAUGUAUAACAUCAUCAGAAUUCACAAUCAGAAUAACGAGCAAGCUUGGAAGGAGAUUUUGAAGUGGGAAGCCCUUCAUGCUGCGGAGUGUCCUUGUGGUCCAUCAUUGAUCCGGUUCGGAGGUAAAGCGAAAGAGUAUUCACCGAGGGCGAGAAUUCGGUCCUGGAUGGGGUACGAGUUGCCUUUCGACAGGCACGACUGGAUCAUCAACCGCUGCGGGACGGAAGUGCGGUACGUCAUCGACUACUAUGACGGCGGGGAGGUCAACCAGGACUACCAGUUCACCGUCCUGGACGUGCGGCCCGCCUUGGACUCGCUGUCGGCCGUGUGGGACAGGAUGAAGGUCGCGUGGUGGCGCUGGACGUCCUAGCCGCUGCUCCGCCAGAGAUGGGGAAAUAGAAACUAUUUUUUUCCGAGCAAUACAUUAAACUAUUUCCCCAAACUGAAUCGCUCUCGAGAUGUAAGGGGGGCGGCAAGCGAGCGAGGCCGCCCCGCGCCGUGUUCUUUGGUUUUUAGUUUGCCCAGCUUCUAGCGGGUCAUUGCAGGGUUCCUUCCCACUUGGCCUAAGUGGGAAGCAGUCCCUUGGUUUCUCCUUCGGCCGUGGUAUUGCCUGUGUAUUUAAUCUAGAAAAGUGAACGACGUCUGAGAACGUUUGUCGUGUGAAGAGAGCUGCUUUUCCCUUCCCGUCUCUCUGGGGUACGUGAGACGCACACCUGGAAGCCCGUGUUCUGCGGAGGAGCUCAGCCGGCCGGGUGUUCGCACCACCACUGUGCGUCACAGAUAAGUGGUUCUGCUUCGGGAAAAGUCAACAGCGUCUCGCUGUCCCUGCAGGAGUAGCGCGCCCUUAAGAAAACGCAGAGCUACCCGCCGGCAACGGACUCCGCAAACGGAGGCGCAUCUUGGCUCCAAGUUCUCAGCGGUGAGAAUUUCUCAGGCUGGACUUUGUUCUAGAAUAGUUCAACUCCCCCUUGGUUUGAGGAUGCAUGUGCAUUGAGAUCUGUGUUUUCACUUUUUAAAGACUUUAAUUCCCACUAUCCUGCUACGAACCGCAGCUCCCAGCAAGCACGUCUCGUUGCCCACGGCCCCUGACCCGUUUCCCCCACGCCUGAGCCCGUUUCUCCUCCUGCCCAAAGCCCGCCCCCCGCCACCCCUACCGGCCUCACCGGAGCCUUGAAGGCUGGGUGCGCAUCACAGCACCAGGACGGUCCCUCUCGAAAAUGGGAUUCCGUUCUGUUGAAUGUUAGGGUUCAGAAGAAGAGUAUUUUUCCCAGAUACACGGUGUUUGCAUCAACUCGCUCUCUCGGUGCAGAUUUUCUUUUUUAAAAGAGCUCUAAGUUUGCCGUUGAAAUUCUCUACCAGUGAUUCAUACGCUGGUUAUUCUCCUUACAGCAGCAUGUUCCCGACGACUGUUGGGGUUUUUCUUAAGUGUCAAUAAUAUUUGGAUUUCCUUGGAGUCUAGCGUUAGGUUAGCAGAAGGAACUGGCAGUCUGGAGUGAUUUGGUUGGUACUGAUUUCUUUGUUGUGUCAGUUUUGUGUGCUGGUUUCAAAAUCCAACAACUUGAAGCUCUUCUACAUGUCAAAAUAUUUGUAUAUUUUAAAAUAAAAUAAAGCUGAUAGUUGA